ACACACGGAGCACUUGGAGUGCAGACUGGCGCGGACUGGCACACACACCGGCACACAGAAGCUCGGGCCGGUCGCGACUCAACCAGGAAGCUAUUCGGCGCACGCACACGCUGAUCGACUCUCGCUCGCUGCCACCGGACGCAGCAUUAUACAUGUGUAUAUGUCGCGCGCUGCGCGCCGCGCGGAGAGCCUCAUCCGCUCCGUGCGUGCUCUCGAGCACAUCAUCGAGCGCAAGCGCGGCCUCGAGGAUGCCCUCCCGCGGGCGAGCGCCGGGCUCGAGGCGCGGGCUGGCGGCGUCAUCCACGACACCGUCGCGGGCACGCUGAGGCACCUGCACCAGUACGAGCGUCGACUGGACGCGGCGGCUGCUGCGGCUGCAGGCGACCGCGCCUGGAGGGCGGUCGAGGACAUGCCUCUGCGCCUGCUCAUGGCCUCUGCGCUCUUCCAGUGCGAGCACACUCCGGCCUCGGCAGCGCACGUCGUCCGCAGCGCCACGGAGGGCUGCGCACAGCUCGGGCGCGCGUGGGCGCAGGCGCCGAUCGAGUCAGUGGUGCGCAACGCCGCUGCAGGGCGUGGCUUCUUCUCGCGCGCCGGCGCCGCCGAGCGGCUGUCGCUUCCGGCGUGGCUGCACGAGGACCUCGUGUCGAAUCUCGGGGCGCGGCGCCUGGACGCCUUCGGCCCGCUGCUGCUGCAGCGCCCGUCGCGGCUCCACCUCGCGGUGGCAAGCUCCGCCGGCUCGCCCUCCGAGUACGCCGCGAGGCUGAGCGAGGGGAGCGGCGUGGCGGCGAGGCCUCUCGAGUUCACGCGGUUCGGCGUCUCGCUGCACGCGCGGCCGCGGGACGUCGGGUCGCUGCCCGGGGUGGCGAGCCGGCGCGUCUUCGUGCAGGACGGCGCGCAGCAGUGGGGCGUCGGCCAGCUCUCUCCCGUCGGCGCAGGCGAGGCGGUGCUCGACUUGUGCGCGGCGCCGGGCGGCAAGAGCAGGGCGCUGCUGCUGCACCAGCCCGCCGCGCGGCUGGUUGCGGUCGAGCGGUCGCGGCGCAAGGCGGCGGCGCUGCGCGAGAGCCUCGCAGGGGAGGGGCGCGCCGCCGUGGUGUGCGGCGACGCGACGAGGCCGGAGGAGUGGGCGGCGGCGUGUGGCGAGGGCGGCGCCUCGGCCGUCGUCCUCGACGCGCCGUGCUCGGCGAGCGGCAUCCUGCGCACCCGGCCCGAGGCGAAGGUGCACCAGUCGCGGGAGAGCGUCGAGGCGCUGUGCGAGACGCAGCAGCGGCUGCUGAGGGCGGCGUGGUCGCGCCUCGCGCCGGGCGGAGAGCUGCUGUACACCACCUGCUCGCUGCUGCGCGCCGAGAACGAGGAGGCGGUGCAGCGCUUCGCAGCGGAGGCGCCAGGCGCGACGCUCGCGCCGCUGCGACCGCCGCGCGGCGCGCUGAGCCGCGCGCAGCCGCAGGGCGUCACCUUCCUCCCGAGCGAGGAGCACCAGGGCGGCUUCGUCGCGCUGCUGCGCAAGGGGGAGAGGGGGCAGGGGAGAGGAGGCAGGGGCGGGGGAGACUCCUCGAGGAGGAGAGGUGGGUCUCGGAGUACUAACAGCGGCCGCGAAUUUCUUGCAACGCUCUCUAUGCAAGAGGUCAGUUAGCGUGACGCCUGUACGACCCCUCUCCGUGACUGUCGGUGUACACUUGACUCUGUCUCUCUAUCUCUCUCGUUUCGCGUUGUGUUAGAUGUGUUCGUGUGACGUGUGGGGGAGAGAUAGAACGGUG